AUGACGAAUGGGAAUCGCAGAGACUUGAGCACCCAACUCCUGGUUCACUGGGCCAGGGCCCCACAGCCACCUCCUAUUUCCGAACCCCCCACUCCUGCCUCCAUCGCAUGCCCUUCCCGAAAGAUGAGCCCGGUCUGGACAUCACCAUCCCCAGUUGGAACUACAGACCUCACACGGUCCGCGGUUAGGACGAGCCCUUGCCGGUGGCGCGCGCAGCACGAGGCACCCAGCCUGCGGAACCUCUCGUCCUCCGGCAGCUUGGCUGACCUGGGUCUGGAGCCCCGGCUGCUGCUGGCACUUCAGGAUGCUGCCCCCGAAAUCGUUCGGCCCACAACGGUGCAGUCGAAGACCAUCCCCCAACUGCUUCGCGGUCGCCACAUCCUUUGCGCCGCUAAAACCGGCAGUGGCAAGACUCUGAGCUACUUACUACCCAUGUUUCAAAGGCUCUUGAGCCGUCCAGACUUGAUCUCCCGAAGUACCGCCUCUCCCCGGAGCCUGGUUCUUGUGCCUUCCCGAGAAUUGGCGGAACAGGUGCAGGCUGUAGCCCAGUCAUUGGGUAGUUCCUUGGGCCUGCAGGUGCGGGGACUAGGGGGUGGUGGUGGCAUGAGUAGGCUCAAACUGCAGCUGUCCAGACUACCGUCAGCAGAUGUACUAGUGGCCACUCCAGGGGCUCUAUGGAAGGCCCUGAAAAGUCAGCUGAUCAGCUUACAGUAUCUCUCCUUCGUGGUGUUGGAUGAAGCGGACACACUGCUGGAUGAAAGCUUCCUGGAACUGGUGGACUACAUCUUGGAAAAGAGCCCUAUAGCAGAAAGCCCAGCUGAUUUAGACGAUCCCUUCAAUCCCAAAGCACAGUUAGUGCUGGUGGGAGCCACAUUUCCUGAAGGUGUAAGCCAAGUGCUGAGUAAAGUCACCAACCUAGACUCUCUCACCACCAUCACCAGUGCCAAGCUCCACUGCAUCAUGCCUCAUGUCAGACAGACAUUUAUGAAACUAAAGGGAACAGAGAAAGUGACAGAGUUGAUUCAGAUCCUCAAGCAGCAUGACAAAGCAAAAAAGACUGGACCCUCAGGAACGGUCCUUGUGUUCUGCAACAGCUCCAGCACUGUGAACUGGCUGGGAUACAUUCUGGAUGACCACAAGAUCCAACAUCUAAGGCUACAAGGGCAAAUGCCAGCCUCAAUGAGGGCAGGCAUCUUCCAGGGCUUCCAGAAGGGAUCUCAAGACAUACCUGUCUGCACAGACAUAGCUUCACAUGGCCUAGACAGCAUUCAUGUGGAACUGGUUGUCAAUUAUGAUUUCCCCCCUACCCGGCAGGAUUACAUCCACAGAGCAGAAAGAGUGGGUCGUGUGGGGAGCGAGGUACCAGGAACCGUCAUCAUCUUUGUGACCCAUCCCUGGGAUGUGAGUCUGGUUCAGAAGAUUGAGCUGGCAGCUCGCAAGAGAAGCCUUCCAGGACUAGAAUCAUCCAUGAGAGAUCCUUUGCCUCCUCUGCAAGCCUAAUUGUUGAGUGCCUUAAAUGUAAUUCUAGAGCAGUUAGGUGGCACUGGGCUGCCCUGUUGCCUUCCUGAGGGCAUGAUGAGCUGUUUGUAGCUUUGAAAAGUAAGCUGCCAGUCAGGAUUGGAAGGUAGUCUGAUAUUCAAAAAAUAAAGUGGAUUUUGACUUCA